AUGGCGACCAAGACACCCACUGUAAAGUUGGCCUCUGGCUAUGAAAUGCCCAUUGUUGGCUUUGGAAUUUGGAAAGUGCCCAAGGACACCUGUGCUGACCAAGUGUACAAUGCCAUCAAGUUGGGUUACAGACACAUUGACGGUGCUUGGGAUUAUACAAACAGCGCUGAGGCCGGCCAAGGUGUACGACGUGCCAUCGAAGAGGGCAUUGUGAAGCGUGAAGAGGUGUUCAUCACCUCGAAGUUGUGGAACAACUACCAUGCUCGUGAGCAUGCCCUCGAAAUGGCCAAGUUAGAAAACGAGGCCUGGGGAUUGGGAUACCUGGACUUGUUCCUGAUCCAUUUCCCCAUCGCGCUCGAGUUUAUUCCAUUUGACAAGAUUCGAUACCCUUGCUUCUGGACUGAUAAGGAGCAGACUCAGGUUACUCCUCUUGCAAAGGUACCAAUCUCGGAGACCUGGGGGGCCUUGGAGGAACUGGUGCAAACCAAGGAGAACCCGAACGGCUUUGUCAAGAGUAUCGGCAUAUCCAACUUUCACACACAACUAAUAUACGACCUACUGUCGUAUGCAAAGAUUCAGCCAUCUGUCCUACAGGUUGAGCAUCACCCUUACCUGACUCAGCCUGACCUGAUCGACAUGGCGCAGGAAAACAACAUUGCUGUUACUGGCUACUCGACAUUCGGACCCCUAAGCUUUAUAGAAAUGGGCCAUGCGAAAGCCAAGCAGGUCAAGCCUCUGUUCGAGACGGAUGUGGUGAAGAGCAUCGCAGCAAAGCAUGGCAAGUCACCAGGCCAAGUUCUUCUUCGGUGGUGUACCCAGCGUGGCAUUAUCGUCAUUCCCAAGUCAAAUAGUGUUGAGCGACUGAAGCAGAACCUCGAUAGUGUUUCAUUUGAUCUCAGCGAGGAUGAACUCAAGCAAAUCUCGUCUUUGAACAUCAAUCUGCGCUUUAACAACCCUACAACUCUGGGGAGACCCAUUCGAAUCUUCCCUUAA